GGAAGGACGCAUCUCAAACGCCGCUCAACUCCAUUUUCUGGGAGGGUCGUGCCGCGUGAAGAACACAACAUCCCGCUCUGUUCUUUGGCGAGCACGCAAAAGCACCGCGUCAGCACCGCCGGAUACACCAUGGAGUGCGACAUCUGCUGCAAGGACUUCGACAAGGCGGAGCGCGCCCCCAAGAACGUGCCAUGCGGGCACACCGUGUGCCUGCACUGCCUGCAGCGCACCGACAAGAGAGAGUGCCCGACGUGCCGUCAGGUGUUCGGGCCUCCUCCCGCGGACCUGCCCACCAACCUCACUAUACUGCGUAGGAUCGAGCGCCAAGGCGAGGCCAGGUCGGCCCGCGGCUGGUGCUCCGACUGCCGCGUCGUGGCCAUGCGCGCGUGCUGGGACGAGCACGAGGUGCUGGCGCCCAAGGCGGCCCUGAGGCGGCUGCUGCCCGAGGGCGCGCUCAAGCAGGCCGCCGAGCAGAUCGUGGGGCUGCGGCGCCAGUGCCGCGAGGAGGAGGUGCUGCUCACCCUGCUCACCGUCGAGUCGUGGCACCUCAGCCUGCGCGCCGAGAACGGCGUCCAGGAGCUGUCGGGCACCAUGAGGAACACGGACAGCCCCCUCAUGAAGACCAUGUGGCUGCUGAUGGCCACCAUGGCGCGCGGGAGCGAGGCGCCAGGGGAAUCCUCCAGGAGCAGCGCGUGGAUCACCCCCAGCAAAGCGGGCACCGCUGCCAAAGCGGGUGAAGGAUCUGGCAGCGAUAGAAGUCCACCAUCGCAAGGACCGCGCUAAACGACGCCAUUUCGGUGGGACGCAUUUGCGAGGUACGGCCGACUGCUACACCAGCCACAGAGCGGGGCGCAGGGACGGGGAGUGCCUCCCGUGGCUGGUAAGGUGCAGUGC